AUGGCUGCUAAGUAUAUAGGUCUCAUAUGUGCACUGACCCUGGACCCUGCAGAGGCAGAGAAGGCUUCCUUGAAAGAGCAGAUUACAGUUGCAUCAGCAGGGCUCAUGGCAGAGGCAAAAUGUGUGCCUGACAACUGGGAGGAUAUGUGCUGGGAGGAGAAGAUGGUGGUAUUGAUGCCAUUGGUUGAGCAAGGGAAGGCACUUAGGGUCUCUGUGUGGGUUGACACAGAGGAUGCUCCUGUGCUGGCUGAGGCUGAUGAUCUCCAUGAAUGGUGGGCCAUGGAGGAAGCUGAAGCAUGUGUGAAGGCUGAGCAGGAUGUUCAGAUGGGGGAGGAGACUGUGGUGGAGCUCAGUGAUGACAGUGUGGUGAAGAUGUCCCACAUGGGAGUCCUGCAGCUGGCUUGCAAGGUCAGUACUGCACACAGUGCCCUGUGCAUGGUGCACCAUCAAGGGAAUGCCAUGCAUUGGGCCAAGCCACAAGACAUGCAAUGGGUGUGCAAGGAUGAAGCAGGGCUGCAAGAAGUCCAGCAAGCUUUUAUGUGGCAUUCAACAGCCUUCUCAUAUUCCUCAACACCAUGCUUCCCUCACUUCUAUGCAGAAUCCUCUGGUGUUCUCAAAUUCUCAGCACCACACCUUUGCCAUCACCAUGUGGCAGACCAGGGAUGGUCAGCAUCCAAGUCCCCCACAGGUGUAAGGAAUCCACAUUCCUUGGACACAUAA